GCGGUUGUUCUCGUUCCGCGAACACCGCCGGAAGGAACCCGCUCUUUUCCCGUCGUCGGACUCCGGUGUUCCUUUUUUCGCCAGCCAGAGAGACUGUGCCGGACGAGAGAGAGAGAGAGAGAGGCGGGUCUUAAGCUCGGCGACGCGGCGCACGGCUCCCGGCUCCCGGUUUUCCACGGUGCUCUCGUCCUCGACAAAGGCGUUACAAGCUUCCGUGCUCUCGAUCGCGGUUGAAAAGCUCGCGCGAUUCGGCUUGAAAGGCCGCCUCCUCUCGGCAGACGUCCUCUCCUGCCGUCCUCUAACCCGCGCCGCCCCUCGAAAGCAACGCGCGAUGCAGGGAUCCUCCUGGCCGUCGUCGACGGUUCUCGCGUGCUGCUGCUGGCUGCUGAUCCACGCCCGGGCCCACGCAUGGAGGGUUCAGUAUGACAUCAACAAUAGAAUCGACAGCGACGAUCUCGACGAGAUCCCAAUCUCAUUCGACGAGAGAAUAAACCUGAUCUAUCCAGGGACGAAAUGGUGCGGAAGCGGUAACGUGGCGGCGGGACCGGACGACCUCGGCAAACAUAAGGAGUCCGACGCCUGCUGCCGCGAACACGAUAUGUGCGCAGACGUGAUCGAGGCCGGCGAGACCAAGCACGGGCUCACUAAUCCCAGCUUCUACACCAGGUUGGAAUGCUCGUGCGACGAGAAGUUCUACGACUGCCUGCACCGGUCCGAGGAGGGGGCUGGCCGUCGAAUCGGCUUCCUCUAUUUCAGCAUCCUGAACACGAAGUGCUACCGCGAGGACUACCCCAUUGUCGGCUGCAGACGCCCGGUUACCUUUCCACGACGGUGUUUGGAGUACGAGCUGGACACGAGCCAACCGAAAAAGUACCAGUGGUUCGACGUGCCUCCUUACAAGUGAAGCCCCGAUAUCGCCGGUCAUCGCUCGCGACUGGACACGCAGCCGCGAUGCAACAGCGACACACAUGUGCUGUAACGCCGAAUAAAUUGUUCGACAGUA